CGUUAGUGAGCAAAGAGAAGCAUGUGGCUUGCUGAUUCAAUUGGCUUCUCUCCACAACACAGCGUCUAUCGGGGUGAUGUUGCAAGAGUAAAAAAAAAAGCUAUCGCCAGCGCAAGCAAGAAGGGAAAUGUGAUGCUGAGUUCGUCAAGACAAGAGAAAACAAAGAUGAAAUAUUUUAUCUUUCUGCUGUGUGGUGGAUUUGUGGCCAUCUCAUUAACCCAACAGCAACAAGUCCAGUUUCACUCUGAACGCAGGGGAGAGCUGCCUCAAAAUUGCAGUUCCGAUUCGCACAAUGCUGAAGUCCCAUCUUCGCCAUCCGACCAAGAAGCAUCAAUCCCCGACUUACAAACAAUCCACAUGUUAACGGAAAAGAACAGCGAAUUUGGUUUUAACCUCUACAGGAAAAUAGCAAAUCUAUAUGAAGACAAUGUAUUUUUUUCACCUAAUACCGUCUCCACAAUAUUUGCUAUGCUGUCCCUUGGUGCUAAAGGACCAACUCGUGACAACAUACUCCAAGGGCUUAAUAUAGACGAUUUAGCCAAUAUCAGUGACAAAUAUCAACUGCACAGUCUGUUCCAUUGGCUUCACCACAACAUUACCAGUAACAAGGGUUUCUUCAUCUCUCAAGGAAAUUCUCUAUUUAUACAGAAUGACCUUGAACUGAAACAAACGCUCAUCAAUGAUCUUUCCAAUUAUUACAAUGCUGAUAUUAACCGCGUAAACUUUCAAGACAAGGUCAAGACCAAAAAUAUUAUUAACCAAUAUAUUCGCAACAAAACAAAUGGAAAAAUCAACCAGUUGCUGGACACUGUGGAUUCUGGAGCCAAACUUAUGUUAACUAAUUACAUCUUAUUUAAAGGGCAGUGGGAGUCACCCUUUGAUCCAAAUUUGACAGAAAUUGGAACCUUCUAUGUGAACGCAUAUACUAGAGUAAAAGUUCCAAUGAUGUACAAAGAAGGUUCAUUUUUGUCAACAUAUGAUGAGAACUAUUCGUGUACAGUUCUGAAGCUUCCAUACAAGGAAAGUGCAAGCAUGUUGGUGGUGAUUUCAGCAGAUAUGGGCUAUCAACUCCUGGAAGAUGAUCUAUCAGUGGAAUUGGUUGCCCAGUGGAUUAAAGCCAUGAGAUUCAAGCAUAUAGAUCUGUAUUUUCCAAGAUUUAAAUUGGACAAGUCGUACAAGAUGGAAAAGAUGUUAAAACAGUUGGGAAUAAUUAUGCCUUUCACAAAUGCUGCUGAUUUGUCUGGAAUCUCCUCAUCACACAGGCUGAAGAUAUCUGAGGUUAUUCACAAAGCAGUGAUUAAUGUAAAUGAGAGAGGAACAGAAGCCGCUGCUGCCACUGGGACUCUUGCCGUGCCUUACUCACUGCCACCUCUCAUCAAAGUAGACCACCCAUUCCUCUUUAUGAUCCAUGAAGAUAUAACAAAAACUCUGCUGUUUAUAGGAAGGGUGAAUGAUCCCACCAAACUGUGAAGGAUCUUUUGAUAAAGUAAUCAUUUACAUUUUAAUUUGUUUGUUGUUACUUAACUAAUACCCUAGUUGCCACAAUCAUGGGUUUAACAUGUUUAAUCAUGAUUAUCUCAAUUCAGCAAAGUUAUACUGAAUUGAGAUAUAAAAGUAUGUUUACUCAUAAACCAUGUACCAUUUCAGAUCAGAUAAAAAAAAGCGAUAUUAAAAUAUCAAUCUACGAUUUUGUAUAAAUCUAUAUACUGUCAUCCUUAUAAUAUACUGUCUUCCUUAUAGUAUACUGUAUUCCUUAUAAUUAUUUGAUAUAUUAUUACCAAUAGGUGAAUAGGCACAGGUAGUUUAGAUAUGACUUUGGUAUUGGGCUUGGUUUCUUGGUUGAGUGCUUAUCUUGAUGUUAUAACACUGGUACUUUGUGUUUUAACAGUAAUUCAAAAUAGUUUCAUUGAUUGUUCUCGGUAUAUUGUGGAAGAAAGUCACAUGCAAGGGGACAGUAAAGCUAUGAAUCAAAGGGAUACUCACAUGAAGAAUUCCCAGAGACUCGAGUCAUCAAAGAGGAAAGUGGGUGAGCUGAUGUUGCACUCCACUUGUUCCUGGUACAAAAUGACAGAUCAGUUGAGAGAAACAGGAGUAAAGAUCAGUCCCUUGCUCUGAAAUCUCAUAGAGUUAUACGGCACGGCAGAAGACCUUCCAGCCCAACAAGCCCGCAUUUGGCCCAUAUCCCUUGAAACCUUUGCUAGCCAUGUACCUGUCCAAGUGCCUUCAAGGUGUUGUAACUGCACCUGCCUCAACUACAGUACCUCCUCUGGCAUCUCAUUCCAUACACCCAAUAUUCUCUGAGUGAAAAGAUUGCUCCUCAGUUUCCCAUUAAAUCGUUCCCUCUCACGUUAAGCCCAGUUUACACCAUUGCAACAAUGUAAACAAGAUGCAUCAGUACUGCUUCCAUUUCCUGUUUUGUAACUUCUGCUUCCAUAUCCAAUCAUGACCAAUAGUGCUUUUGGGCAUCUAAAAUACUGUCUCCUCCUGGAGCCACAACUCUGCUACAGGCAUUUUACUGAAAAACACCGACAUGUAAUAAAAAGGAACUACAGAUGCUGGUUCAUACCAAAGAUAGACACAAAAUGCUGGAGUAACUCUCAAGGUCAGGCAGCAUCUCUGGAAAAUAUGGAUUAGCGGCCUUUCGGAUUGGAACCCUUGAAGAAGAGUCUCAACCCGAAAUGUCACCUAUUCAUUUUUUCCCCAGAGGCACUGCUUGACCCAGUGAGUUACUUCAAAAUUUUGUGUCUAUCUUUGAUAUUUAGGACAUGUUUCUUUCAAACAUUUGGAAAAUAAUAAAUAAAGAAUCUUUCAAUUUAAUUGAGCAAUGGUGAUGGUUAAAUGGACUUACAUGAAGAUGUGUAGUUACCUUGCCAUUAUGUCAGUGGUAGCUAUGUCCAUGUUUAUUAUUGGGCAUUCCUGUAGUCUAUGAAAUCAGUGAUCUGCUCAGCUAUCUUGAUCAGAAGCAUUGCCCACUCACAAUUGAGUGUUAUACCAUAUAUUGGAUGGUGCCAUUUCUUCCAGAAAUUUAUUUAAUGACUUUGCUUCCUGAUCCUUCAAAGCCACCAUUAUUUUCGCGGUUAACAACAAAUGUGACCAGAAGCUAAAAGAUUUGUCUUGUGUUGAUUCAGAAGGUAGUUUAGAAACUGAUCAUGCAAAACAUUGUAAGUUUUACCAUUGCCAAAUAAUGCAAUUACUUGAUACUAAUUUUAAAUUAAUUUCCAAAUGCAUUUGCAAUUUUAUUUAAGUUUACACUGAGGAAGAAAAAGGAGUUCUAAGGAUAAACAACAGAGAUUUAACCUAA